UGAUUCCAUAUUUUUGAAUUAAAUUUAGUCCAUUUAUCUGUUCCAGGUUGUCUUCUAUGAAUCUGUGUAGAAUGCUGUGAACCAGAUGCGACAUCUGCCUGGAGAAAGUGCAUUUAAAAUUUGCAAAGCUGAUAUUGUGAUUGUGAUGUUCAUAUCCAAGGUUGCAGUUCAUUUUUCACCUUAUCAAGCUAAUGGAUUAUAUCUGUAAUGACAACAAUCGUGGGGUAAACAAUACUUUCAACACACUACAAUCGUUUAUCAAGUUAAGCGUAGAAUUUGGAUGAAUUUUUACGUGAAAUCAACAACAACCAAAAAAUAAUGCUGCAAAAUUACAUUAGUGAUUUAAAGAUGGCAAAUGCCAGUUGAUACAAUAUACUUUUGAAACAAAUAAAAAUCAAUUGAAGAUGGGUGGUGCAUUCAGUCAUGGCCAAGACAAUGAUGAGUUAGUUGAUAGUUUGGUAGAAUCUGGUUACAUUAGAACCAAAAAAAUUGAGCAAGUGUUUAGAGCUGUAGACAGAGGCGACUACUUUCUUUCUUCACAUCGUGAUGUAGCUUAUAAAGACUACGCUUGGAAGCAUGGUAACAUACAUUUAUCAGCGCCAUGUAUUUACUGUGCAGUACUGGAAGAACUCAAACUUAAACCAGGCAUGAGUUUUUUGAACCUUGGUUCAGGUACUGGUUACCUCAGCACAAUGGCAGGCCUAUUGAUAGCUAAAGGUGGUACUAAUCAUGGGAUUGAGCUUCAUGAAGAUUGCAUUCAAUACUCUCAAGAUCGACUUGAAGAAUUUAAACAAAAAUCUCUUGCACUUGAUGAGUUUGACUUCUGCGAACCAGUUUUCAUUCAAGGGAAUUGCUUAAAGUUAAUGCCUACUAGGCGAUAUGAUAGAGUUUAUUGUGGUGCAACUUGUCCAGAAAAUUAUGCUCCAGUCAUAAAAGAAUUUGUCAAAAUUGGGGGUAUUUUAGUCAUGCCUUACAAAGAUAAUUUAGUCAAAUUUAAGAGAAUUGAAGAAAAUGUAUGGCAUCAGGAAUGUAUACUGCCAGCAUCAUUUGCAAUUCUCAUAGCACCAAUGCCAACUGAUAAACUCAUAAAUUUACCUCAAUGUGAUCCUUUACCACUGAUAGAAUUAUGCAGAGAAAAUAUUCGCCAAAGGUUACGUCAAAAUGUUUGGCUAGAGCAUGCAGAUUUAGAAACUAGAAAAUGUAUUGCAAUGUGUGGUGUUAAACCAAGUUCAUCAAGACGAGCAGUGCGUCAAUUUGUUAUACCAAUUUACGAAGAAAAUGAAAAUGGUUUAGAUGUUUCCGAUGAUGUAGGUCUAGAAAACAGAGUUCCUAGAACUAGAUUGUUGUUAAAUGUAGAUACAGUUCCUGGUGAAAAUUUACGUACUACUUUACAAUAUGUUCGGGCUGUGGUACAAGCUGAUGAUGAUGAAAAUAAUGAUGAAAACACAGAGGAUAUACAUCAUCAUGAAGAUGAUGAAUGGCCAAUGGAUGAAGAAUCAGCCAGCACUGAAGAAGAUACUCAUGGAGACACAAACGUCAGUAGCAGUGAACGAGAUAGACAUGACUCUGAAAGUAGUUCGGACUCAGCAUGUGAAAAGUCUCAUUCUGAUAGCGUUAAUAAUAUGAAAGAGGGUUCUGGCUUAACAAGUUCUGGUUUGACAGCAUAUUCAAAUAUCAGUGAGAGUGACAGUGAAGGAGAGUCAGAAGCUAGAGCUUUUUCAACUUCGAAAAAGAUAGACGAUAAUAAUGAGCAAAAAGACGAUUCGUCAAAUACAAAUUUUAUAGAACUGCCACAACAACGUCGACCUCGUCGUAGUCGUAAAGAUGCAUCAGAUAGUGGUAUCCAAGAAGAUGUAGGCAAUGGAAAUGAUGAAGCUAGUCAUAGCUCAGAUUCGGAUUUUAUUCAUUGCACUCCAAUCAAGCAUAAACGUAGCAGUUCAGCGAAUCCAUUUCAAAAAAAUAACAGAGGAAUUGCAUCUUGGUGUGUCCCUGAUUCAAUUGAUGGGCCUUUGUGCAGUGGAUGUUAUGUUGAUAGUAUUGCUUUUUCAUCAUACAUGAAAGAAAAAAUACAUCAAUUACCUUUGCCUCACUCUCUUAAAUUGUAUAUUAAUUUUAACCGUACUUUAUAGGAAAUUUAGGCAUUUAUGAAAAUGAAAUGUUCCGAGAGAAAUGUUCUAUUAUUGUUUUAAAAUUUUUGUUAAAAAAUGUAGAA